AUGACUGACAAGCGAUAUUCCAAUGAUCAAGCUCAUUGGAGGAGUCAACUUUCUGCUAGUCAAGUACGCACACCACCCAACAUCUCGCGUCCUCUGUCCCAGCCACAACAACCACAAAUAGUGACGACGAAGCAAAAAAAGAAGAAAAGUCGUGGUGAUCGAGCAGAACAACAUUUUCAACGAAGAUUGCGUCUACGAAACUUGGAUGAAGAAACCAGGGCAUUAUUAGUACAAGCAAGAGUUGAAAGACAACGAAAACAACAACAACAAACUGUGCUUGAUACUGCAAUGGAAGUAAACCCAAUGGGUGAUCAAAUGAUCAACAUGGCACAGGAUAAACAAAUGAUGGAAAUUCCAUUAAAUGACAUCAUUCCUAAGUCAAAUUCAAAGAAGCGUAAACGCAACACAGCGACGAAAAUUGACAGGCAUUUAAGUCAAUCUUUGAGUCGAUUGUCGAUUUCACAAGGAUGUUCAAAGAAGACGAAGAAAAAUGUUCCAUCAAACAAUGUUUUAACAAAAAUGGUCGAUGAACUGAAUGGUCAACCAAAAAUAUCAACAAAAAAUUGCAAGUCUGCUUUCGUACCUCAAUAUUUGAAAGUAUCCAAUCGAAAAUUUAAAGAAAUGUUAUCAAAAGCAGUUCACGAUGGUCAUAAAAUUUACGAAUGGUUAGACAAUGAUGAAAAGUUAAAAUUCACCCGUGAAUUAGCUCAUAUCUUUAACUUGAUGGAUUAUUUAAAAUUACAACAACAAUUAUGGCAAGAUUAUUUUGAUAUCGGUAUGAACGAUGGUGUUUGGGCUCCACGAGUAUCAAAGUCGAAAGCUAAGGAACAUAAUACAUGUGUAUCAUAUGGUCGAUCAGAGAAAUUUGUUGAACAACGUCAAAAAACAAUUCAACAUCAAUUGAAUCACACUUAUCGUCAAUUACAACAACAUCUUGCUCAACUACCAGAAUGGACAGAAAAAGUUCAACCUCCCAUUGAUUCAACAUUUCUCUCAAAUGCCAUUCAAGCAAUGGUAAAAAAUGGUCUCCAUCGCUUAAAUGCUCAAUUCAAACACAAACAAGCCAUGUUAAAAUUCGAUGCUGAUGAUCAUCGCUUGAUUGCAGCCGUCUAUGACUUGAAACCGACUGAAGAACAGAUUGUGCUCCUAAAAAUAUAUUGGCAAGCCGUUGCAGAUGAACAGAAAGCACUCGAAGAAAUGGAAGUACUUCGAAAGCGAGUGUCAUUAAGACGACUUCCUCAAUCAUUUGAUAAAAUUCUUGAUCAAUCCAUUGCUUCUAUUCAAACAAUGCUGUCACGUCCGAUUCUACACAAAGAUCGACGUGCUAGUAUGGCAUCACGUUGUUCAAAAACAAUUACACAAUAUAAGUUUGAUUUGAUGGCCAUGACUAUUGCUAUAGCUCAAGAUACGGCUCGUGGUCAUGCUCAAUUGACAGUUGAUACAAAAAAUAAAUUACGACUUCUCGAUGGUGAUCAAGUACAAUCUUCUACUGAAUUACUCAUCAAAGCUAUGGAAACUCGUGCACAAAAUAUGAAAAAACGUGCUCAAGAAUUACUUCAAUAUAAAUUGAUGUCUUUUUUCGAACAGGCUCCGGCGGUACACAACGACAAAGGCAACGUAUCCGCCGGAGCAAUCUAA